UCUAUCUCUAUCUUUUUCUUUGUCUGUCUGCCUGUCUGUCUGUCUUUCUCUCUCUCUCUCUCUCUUUCCAUCUUACCGGCUUUUACUCCCGCGUACGCGUUGGAAGAUCAAAGAGCAAAGAAGAAGAAGAAGAAGAAGCAGCAGCAUCAGCAGCAGCAGUAGUAAAAGUAUAAGAAGAAGAAGAAAAGAGAAAAGAUGUUAGGCGUGAGUCAGCCGAGCAAUCCGCCCUCGAGCUUGCGUCAUUCCGCGAGCUUCUCCUGUCUACAAAGGAGUACCGUCGGCGAGGGUCAUCGUGCAAGAACCUCGACAUUGUUGCAACAACCGAGCCUCCAACUUACCAACGGCCACCAUCAUCAUCAUCAUCAUUCUCAGCAGCAACAGCACCAGCAGCAGCAGCAGCAACAGCAUCAUCAUCAUCAUCAGUAUUCGUCCGGUCAGAGCGGUUCCUUGCUUCAACAGUCGAGUAACAACGUUCAGCAACGACAACAACAGCAUCGAGGAAUCGAGACCGAUGCGAUACAAGACAGUAACGAUUACGGUUUUGUCAAAGUCAGACCACGUUUGCGAAGCACCAACGCAACGAUCUUUCACGAGGAGGAGGUGGCCGCUGCCAAAAGUGCAUUUAGAGAUCGAGACGCGUCAGCUUUCAGUGAUCGCGAGUGCGAGCCCUCGAGCUUUCGCGAAUUAUUGAAAACGAAGGAUCGCGAGCAAUCCCCGAAGAGCGCUAGCUCGACGAAAAAUCAGAAUCCGUUGAAGGGUGCCCUGAUAUUGUUCACGUCUACCUCGUCUUGGUGGAAAGCGAGACAACGAGAGGAACAGCUAAACGGCGGGGUCGGUGGGUCUUCGAGUUCGGUGACCACCACCACCAGCAGCACCACCACCACCACUUCAAUUUUGCCCUCGUCCGAGCGAAAGUGGUCGAGCACCUCGAUGGCGGCGGCGUCACCCUCCAACGAGAGAAAGUGGCCGUCCUCGAUGACGUCACCCACCAUGGGGGAACGGAAGUGGUCCGUCGGUAACAGCGUAUCUUUGACGUCACCGAGCAACGAGAGGAAGUGGACCAGGUCCUCGGUUUCUUCUAGCUCGACCAACGUUCUAGCUAACAGCACCGGUGGAGGAGGGCAGGCACCGCCGCAACAACAGGAUAGGAAAUGGCGCUCCCUUGGUGCCCUUCUUCGAGCUCCCACAGUUGGCGGAGGAAGUUCGACUUCCUCGCACGCGACCGCUGCCUCGCUUCAGAACUCAUUUUCUUCUCACAACAUGAGCGUCUCGAUGAUUGAAAACAGCACGGUCGAACGUUCGAGGGAGGAACAAUCCCGCGGCUCGGCUAGCAAAUCUUCUUCGACCGCGAGGUAUCAACAACAACCGAGCUCUUACUCGGCUCGUGUCUCCAGAGUCACCAGGGAUAUAUACAGAGAGAACGGCGAGUUCUCUGUUCAAGCUGCCAGGACCAAGGUCAGUCGUAGAUUAUAUCAAGAACUUAGCGAGGCUGUCGGUAAUAGUAACGCGACAUCCGCGGAUCGAGAAAUCGUCGAGGAAACCGCCGUCGCCGGUAGGCACUCGCUUGCGAGACAUCAUCAGUUCAAGGACGAGUGCAGAGGUAGAACAAAUCGCGAGAGCUUUUGUAGAAUCGAUCAUCAGACUGCCGAUACUCGUACAACCGGUACCGCAACUACUAGCACGUCAUCCUCGACUACGAGAUCGAGCAGGGCUCAAAGUUUUUAUCUUUUGGAUGACUUUUUGAAACCGCAGCCCCAACAAAACAAGUGCACAUUGAAUCUUUACUUAUCUUCGCCUUAUUCGAAAUCCGUCGAAACUAAAAGAGCAUCCCAAGGUAACGUCACUACGAACAUCACACCUCCUAGGCGUCACAAUUCCAGUUCGGAUAGUCUCGAGGUUGCUACUAGUCCUUUGCCGCCGCCUGUACCGCCUCCGCCACCUCAGCUAGGUACUAGGGAAAGAGAUAGAGGUGAAAAUUUCAAGGAGAAGGAAGUGUGUCCAUGCAACAUGUGUUGGGCUUCGUUGCAGCAGAGAUCAUUCGCGGAAGAGAGUCCCGGAACGCUGCACAAAGAUGUCAGCGGUGCUGGUACCAAGGUUAGUGGAAAGACGGUCGGAGGUGUUGGCACGGCAACCCUCACCACGCUCUCAUCCAUUAAUAAUACAUCCAAUGCCACUCGAAACAAGAACAAUCCAGUACCACACGAGAAACCGUCGUUCUUCAAUACGAAACCCACGCGGGUGGAUAAAUCGAACGCCAAGAAUGCUAACAAUUCAACCAGCAACAACAUUCAUGAAGUUUAUCCCGGCAAGUUGCCCAUGACACCUCAGGAAGCUCUGAAGUAUUAUGGAUAUCGACUUCCGGAAUUCGAACGCGCUGAGAUAGAAAAGUAUUCUGAAAUUUGGUAUUUGGGUUUGUCGGCGAAUAAAAUUCACGGUGAGGAAGGUGCAUCCCAAAACGGCGGUUACGACGACGAAAACGGUAGCUACAACAAAGUCCUGCAUGAUCACAUUUCUUACAGAUACGAGAUAUUAGAAGUUAUUGGAAAGGGUAGUUUUGGUCAAGUGAUUCGAGUAUUCGAUCAUAAGACAGGUCAACACAUUGCAAUCAAAAUCAUCAGAAACAAAAAGAGAUUCCAUCAUCAAGCACUGAUCGAAGUUAGAAUCUUAGAACAUCUGAAAAAGAAGGAUCUGGAUGCCGACGCAUCGCACAAUGUGAUACACAUGUUAGAAUAUUUUUAUUUCAGGAACCAUUUGUGCAUCAGUUUCGAGUUAAUGAGUUUGAACCUGUACGAGCUAAUCAAAAAGAACAAUUAUCAAGGAUUCACCCUAAGCCUAGUACGACGAUUCGCCAAUUGUCUGAUAAAUUGUCUUAGACUACUUUAUCGAGAAAAUAUCAUUCACUGUGAUUUAAAGCCGGAGAACGUACUUUUAAAACAACGAGGUAGCAGUUCCCUCAAAGUGAUAGACUUUGGCUCUUCCUGCUACAGCCAUCAACGUGUAUAUACGUACAUUCAAUCGAGGUUUUAUAGAAGUCCAGAGGUGAUUCUCGGUCUUCCCUACGGCAAAGCGAUCGAUAUGUGGAGCUUUGGCUGUAUUUUGGCUGAACUUUACACGGGAUAUCCUUUGUUUCCUGGUGAGGACGAGAUAGAACAGCUCGCGUGCAUCAUGGAAGUACUAGGAGUUCCUCCAGAACACAUCAUCAAUCACGCUUCGCGUCGCAGACUCUUUUUCGAUCAAAAAGGUAUUCCACGAUACGUUGCAAAUAGCAAAGGGAAAAAGAGAUGGGCUGGCAGUAAAAGUCUAACAAUGGUUCUUCGAUGUACCGAUGUACAAUUCGUCGACUUCGUUAGCAGAUGUCUCGAGUGGGAUCCGAAGAAGCGCAUGACUCCCGAAGAAGCAGUGCGUCACGAGUGGCUGAGUUCUUCAUUGGUUAACGCAAGUUCCUCUUCGUCGUCGUCGUCGUCGACUAUGACGUCGUCAACAACAACGGUGAACGCGAACAACGGUAACAACGGUAACAACAGCAACGCUACUACGGCAGCGGUAGUCGAAACGACUCAAUCAUCUCACGCGCAAACUGUAACACGUCUGACGGUUAGCGAAUCGUUGCAGUUACCUUCAAACAUGGAAUACGCUCCCUACAGUCUUCUCGCUCUCUACCUCAAGCACGAUAAACACAUGAAGAGGGUCGGCGGGUCGGAGAACUCUAAGAGCGGGGGUGCCGCGACUACGGACAAUUCCAAGAGUAGCAGCAGUCUUGUCGUUAAGAGCAAAUUAAAUGGUAGCGCAAGUAGUCAUGCAUUGGCAAGUAGCGCUCAACAAACAACGACGUCCAGGCACGCCUCGACCGGUGACAUUGUCUCUAGCCUGGACCCGAAUCUCGACGACUCCGGAACGUUCCUACCACCGAUAUUGUGAAGUCGGGUUUACGCUAGCCACUUUUAAACGUCGUGUCUAUUCCGUUACGAGUUCGUUCUCUGCGUUAUAUUCCUAUAUUUUUUAGAUCGAACGAUUGGAGGGAGGGAUCGAUCUUGUUGUGGUUGUUGAUCGAUACCCUGCUGCCAGAUUUAUUAUUUUCUUAGCUUCUAUCAGCUGUGUAUUUUUUUUUUUGGGAUCUAAGAAAAGCAACAUUCUGGAUAGCGUACACGGAAUAAUAAUAGAAGGAUGAAGAAGAAGGAAGAAGAAGGAAGAAGCAGGAAGAAGCAGAAGAAGAAGCUUUAUUGAUAUAUAAUAAUCGAGUAGAAUGUUACUCAAUAGAGUGUUUGUUGUAGUACUUUUGUGCAAGCUAAUGAAGAAGAAAUCGAUUCAAAAAGCCCAGGUCAAUUUAUAAAGAGUUGUUGUUCAUUCUAAAGAAUAGAGUUUUUAGCGACUCAGAGAACGAGAGAUCUCAUUAAAGCGCCUAGAAAACAGCGCGUUAAUCAAUUAAAUCAUGAGCAACAAUCGAUAACGAGAGGGAAAGUAUUCUUUUUUUCUCGAUUUUAAAAGCCAAGUACGCUUUCCAAUUUUCUAAGAGCAAUAUAGAGGAAAAAUAUGAAUCGUUUUCGAUAAAAUCAAACGUUGCCGUAUAGAAAUGUUAGGAAUUUGAAUACGCGAUGAGAGCGAAGGAUCAGCACAUGAUGCGAUUAGAAAUGGCUGGCCCCGUGUAAACGCUUGACACGUUCUCGAUGCCAAAAGGGCUUAAAAGAUAUUAUCGAUUUAAUUCUCAGCCCUUCCACCAACCCAACCCAACCCCCCCCUCCACCUCCCCUAAUAUCGAGCUAUACGAGAUCGAGAUCGCACGUCCAGACUUUUGGUUUGGUUUGAUCGUAGCAGAAUACAUGGGAUAUGUCCGUUAUUAGAAUCAUCGCUUGCAAGACACGGUUGAAAACUUUAAAUUAUAAUGGCGUAAAGUUUGUUGUCACUCUAGUAUCCAAAUUGUGUUUUCUCUUUUUUAACGAAACAAAAGCCGUGUUAAAUCCCCCCGCCCCUCCCCCUCGUUCGAGUUAAUGUAUUUAUAUUUAACGGCAAAUUUUUGACGCGUCAAAAUAUCGAAUGAGAUUUCUCAUAGAAAUCGUAUAUCAUCCGUCGUAGUGUCGUGGUGGUAGAUCGUUAUAAUCGUGAAAAAAUUAUUCCGUGUGUGAUCAAUGUUUUGUUCUCGAAGAUGUAUUACAUAAAAUGAGAGAGAAUGGUGUUUCGUCGAUGAUCAUCGCGCGACAAUCAUUGACAAAACAAUUAUAGUAGAAUCUGAAUGUCGCGCUAAUCGAUAAUCUUAACCAGAUAUUAAUUAUUAUUGUUUCCUUUUAAGCGAUCGCAAUGGGCGAGCUUAAAAAAAAAAAAAAAAAAA